CUCUCUGUCCACUGCAAAAAACUAGAGAGAGAGAGAGAGAGAGAGAGAGAGAGAGAGGUUCUUGGAGAUUGGUUAAAAUGGGAAGGAGUCCUUGUUGUUCAAAAGAUAAGAGCUUGAAUAGGGGAACAUGGACAGCUAUUGAAGACAAAAUACUCGAAGCAUACAUCAAAAUUCAUGGCGAAGGAAAAUGGAGAAACGUUGCCAAAAGAGCGGGGCUUAAGAGAUGUGGGAAGAGUUGUCGGCUAAGGUGGUUGAAUUAUCUGAGACCUGGUAUUAAGCGAGGCAACAUAACCAAUGAUGAAGAGGAGCUUAUUAUCAGGCUUCACAAACUCUUGGGAAACAGAUGGUCUUUGAUUGCUGGGCGGCUUCCUGGACGAACAGACAAUGAAAUCAAGAAUUACUGGAACACCAACAUUGGAAAGAAAAUACUCUUAGGGCGCCCCAACCCCACCAAAGCGUCAGCUAUAGUCGAGCUACCAAAAGCAAAUACAAGCGCUUCGUGUACUGUGAUACGUACAAGGGCAACAAGGUGCCCCAAAGUUGUCCUGAUGAAUACCUCGGGGCCACAGGAACCUCAUGAUCAUCAUCAACAGCAGCUUGACGCCAAGCCAGUCGUCGUUGAAAGUUCCUCCUUAGUUCAUGAUGAGAAUCACGGCACAGUUGAUUUUUCAAAAUACAAUUUGGAAGAAAAUAAUCUGUCAAACUUCACGAUAGAUUUUGAGAUUGACAAAAGUUUUCUGUCAGAGAUCGAUUUUGAUCUGAUGAACACUGAUUUCUCGAAGCUAUCUUGCUUUGAAAACAAUAACAAUAAUGAGGUUGGUAGCAGUACUACCUGUGAUACAGACCAUUCUUCACCAGCAUUUAUUGAUCAUGCCCUCUUGGUUUCUAAAGAAACAGAACUGCAUGGGUCGGAGGAUUUUCAACUUAUGGCUCCUCUGACUGUGUCUGAGUACUUCGACUGGCUCUUUGUUUCUGAAGAUACAUUGCACGGCUCCGAGGAAAAUUCUGAUGAUCAGUCUAAGUACCCUACUUUGAGUGCUCCCAAAGAUCGAUGCUUCUAAUUGCACAUGAUUACGAUGCGGUAAAUAUGUCGGAAUUAUCUCAUAAAUUAGAGCAUGCAGAACUAGUACUAGUACUUGUUGUGUGUCCAAAAUAAGUAAAUCCCCGAACGUGCAUUGCACUCAAUUCCGGAAGUACUCCUACAAGGAUUAAGGAACUCAGUCGGAAAUGCAUAUUAAUUAAUAUUAAUAAUGGUUCGGGCUGUCUCUAUUUUAAAUUCUACUAGAGCGGUACUACACAUGUAUUCUAUAGUAAAUGUGGAAAAUAUUCCAUGAGUACUGGAACGAUCAUGAUGACAAGCUGGCCGUGAAGAAAAAUAUUACUUGAUCAUGAUGUUGAAAUUAGGAUCCAUUUAAUUUUCAUCAUUAUUA